GUACCUUGGAUUCAACAACCUCACGGGUCCCAUACCUGAUUCCAUCAGCGUUCUCUCCUCCCUCUACACUCUCACGCUUCAGAGCAAUCAGCUAUCAGGCUCCAUCCCCUCUGGCUUCUCAGCACUCAGGAAGAUUAACAUGCUGUGGAUAGCAGACAACUCUCUCUCGGGCCCACUCCCCGAGUUUCUGGGUGCCCUCAACGCCACCGUGCAGCUCCUCUUGGAUGGCAAUGCGUUCGAAGGGCAGCUGCCUGCAGCCAUCUGCAACCUCACGGCAUUAGAGGCCAUUGGCUUGAGCAACAAUCAUCUCUACGGCAGCUUCCCCACCUGCCUGUUCAACUUCCCUGCCCUCAACUACGUCGACAUGAGCAACAACUCGUUCUACGGCCCGAUCAACAUGGACUUUGUGGGCAUGGUCCCCAAGGUUGAGCAACCCUAUUCCCUCAUUCCACUGUCCCUCCCCCCCUCCUUCCCCAACCCCCUUCUCCCCCGCAGCGACAUGAGCAACAACUCGUUCUACGGCCCCAUCAACAUGGACUUUGUCGGCAUGGUCCCCAAGCCCACCAGCGGCUACACCAAGCCAGCGGUCAUCAACCUCGCCCACAACUACUUUUACGGCGACCCCAUCGUGUACGCGGGGGGCUUUAAGGCGUGCCCCACCCCCCGCAUCACCCGAAUCAACAUGUCUGAUCUCAAUAGUUUGGGGGAUAGUGCCGGGGGUAGCAAGCGCAGCGAAUCUGACUCGGCUCUAGAGGCUGUGCAGUGCGUUGCGGCGUAUGCGACUGUGCAGGCGAGCUAUAAGGGCAAUUGUCUGUCGGUGAACAGGCAGGUUAAGUGCGCUGUGACGGAGGUGCAGAGGGGUGCAGAGGAGUGCGCGGCGUUCUGCAGUGUGACAGACCUGGGGCCGUGCAAUGGGAGGGGGGCGUGUGUGCCGCCCGAGCAGGGGACGAGUGGGGGGGCGUUCAAGUGCAGUCAUUGCGAGUCUCAUCUCCCACCUGGGAAUCGUUCUGCUUUGCUUGCCUUGAGGCUCCUCAACCCACUCACGUCCUUCACACUCCCUCACCCCUCAUGUCCUCACCUUGGUGCCCUCACCCUCCCGUGCCCCACAGCAACCUCGUCCUCUAUCCCCAUGAUAGCCAUCGUGGGUCUCAGUUGCCUGCUGGGCAUCGCGCUCCUGGCGUCUGUGCUCUGCCUGCUGCUGCGCCCCAAAAAGAAGAAGCGCUGGAGCGACCUGGACGUGUGUCAGCAGUUCUCCAUCGCAACAAUGAGGAAGGCCACCAACGACUGGGCAGAGGAGAAUGUGCUGGGCGAGGGGGGCUUCGCCAUCAACGUGUUGGGCGAAAGGGGCUUUGCGGUCGUGUACAAGGGGGUCAACCCUGCCACGGGGCAGCUCUGGGCUGUCAAGCGCAUCAUCCUCAUGUCAGUUUCUCCCAUCAGUUUCUCCCAUCAGUUUCCCCCAUCAGUUUCCCCCAUCAGUUUCCCCCAUCAGUUUCUCCCAUCAGUUUCUCCCAUCAGCUUCCCCCAUCAGUUUCCCCCAUCAGUUUCCCCCAUCAGUUUCCCCCAUCAGUUUCCCCCAUCAGUUUCUCCCAUCAGCUUCUCCCAUCAGUUUCCCCCAUCAGUUUCCCCCAUCAGUUUCUCCCAUCAGCUUCUCCCAUCAGCUUCCCCCAUCAGUUUCCCCCAUCAGUUUCCCCCAUCAGUUUUCCCCAUCAGUUUCCCCCAUCAGUUUCUCCCAUCAGUCUCUCCCAUCAGCUUCCCCCAUCAGUUUCCCCCAUCAGUUUCCCCCAUGGCGAGUCUGCAUCAUGCACGCCAACCUGGUGCGGCUGCUGGGCUUUUGUCACAACAUGGAUAUGAAGAGUGGCAAGCAGGAGCAGAUCCUCUCAUCCUUUCAUGCUUGUUCCUUAACCCACGUGCUUGUGCCUUAACCCACGUGCGGGCGAUGGCGAGUCUGCAUCACGCCAACCUGGUGAGGCUACUGGGCUUCUGCCACGACAUGGACAUGGAGAGCGGCAAGCAGGAGCAGAUCCUCGUGUAUGAGUUUGUCGAGCAUGGGGACCUCUCCUUCCACCUCUUCAAGACGCAGAAGCCGCUGACGCUGAGGCAGCGGUUGAAGCUGGCGGUGGGGGCAGCGGAGGGGUUGGCAUAUCUGCACGGCUUUGAGAAUCCCAUCAUUCACCGCGACAUCAAGCCCGCCAACAUCCUCGUCGGGGAUAACCUUACUGCCAAGGUAGCGGACUUUGGGCUGCUGAGGAAGCUCAAGUUUGGGGAGGGCGAGGGGAGGGCGACCAAGGUGGCGGGCACGCCGGGGUAUGUGGACCCGGACUACAAUCGCACGGAGCUGGUUACCACCAAAAGCGACGUCUACAGCUUCGGCGUCGUGCUGCUGGAAAUGCUCAGCGGGCGCCGCGUCACUGUGGAGGGCGGCACGCACAUUGGCAAAUGGGCGACCACGCUGGUGCAGAGCUACUCGCUCGAGGAGCUCAAGGACCGUCGGAUGGACGCCUCAGAGGAUGCCGUCGUCGAACUCGCAGAUCUGGCCCUUGAUUGCAUCAAGAUGCCCGGGAUCCGACGGCCGGAAAUGAAAGACGUGGUGAGGCGGCUGGAUGCGAUGCUGACGGUUCACACGGUGGAGGAGGAAGACGAGAACGUGGUUGGGGAUCUCUUCUCAGCGUUCUCCGUUGGUUCGGCUGGCGAGGCUGGUUCGGCAGGCAUUGGCGGUUCGGCAGGCACGUUUGGUUCAACCACCACUGGUGGUUCGGCAACCACGAUUGGUUCGGCAGGCGUGCCUGUGUCUGGGUCUAAUGCUACAGGCGCGCCGAGCCAAAGGGAUGAGCGGUACAGUGAAAUCGUCGUGGAGAGGGAAGAUGAAUUCAAACGGCAUUCCGUGGAAAGUGCAUCGCAGAGCUACAUCAGCUCCCUCGGUCAAUCCGUCUCUCGCCCCGUCCUGGCCGUCUCGCUUCCCCCUCACACCCUCCCCGCAGCCACCCGUUGCUGCAGGAAUGCGCCGAGGGGUCAGAUCACCAACCGUCUGCUCUGCCUGCGCAACCACAUGCUGCUUGCAGGCCUGCUCAACCGCACCCUCUUAAUCCCUUUCCACCGCUCUGAAACCAUCCUCAACUACGACCUGCACUUAGUGCUCGACCUCGCUUAUCUCAGAUCGUGCAUCGGCCCCACCGUCUUCACCACUGCUGAGUUCAGGAGAAAAUUCAGGCGGCCUGUUCAGGUGUCUCAGGUGGUGUGUUGGCACGGCCCCCCUGGGGCAUGUGCGGAUCAGGUUGAUAACAUUCUGUUGCACUGCCCUGGUCUUGACGAGAUGAGGCGAGAUGAUGGGAGCGGGAGCGGUGGGAAUGAUGACGCUGCUGCUGCUGAUGGCGCUGCUGUUGGUGAUGGUGAUGCAGCUGGUGAUGAUGGUGAUAAUGGUGCUGCUGGUGGGAUGGCAAGCGAUGGUGGGAGUGGGAUGGCAGCAGGCACGCCAGGGGUUGUAUUCGACACACGAGUGCCAGUCUCCCACUCGCUCUUCCGCUCUCCUCUCGUGCAUUUGCCUCCCAACACCACCACCCACGCUGCCUGCCUGCCCAUGCUCGCCUCUCCACAGCAGGUGCUGCGUGCCUGGGGCAGCAACCCCUCCCCCGUGCUUGUGGUGGGCGACCUGCUCAACCUGCACGUCUCUCACGCACAUGAAGGGACUUUAACAGGGGGCGCCACACAUGAGCCUCCUGCACAAGUGGAGGAAAACAUGGAUGGAGAAACGCCUCAGCAGUCCCCUGCUGAUGGAACCACCACCACCAUCACAGCACAGCAGCAGCCCUUUCUCGACCUGCCUUUCCGCCGCUCCGCCGCCUGCCCCUCGCCGCUCCUCCUGCGCCCGCGCCCCGCGCUGCUGGAGAGCGCUGAGCUGCUGGUGGGGCGGCUGUUUGGGGGGCGGCCGUUCCUGGCACUACACUGGCGGCGGGGCGACUUCAAGCCCUGGUGCUUCUGGCGCGGGCCCAAACAUGCUUGCUUCUACCCCGUGCAUCAGGUGGCGCAUUGGGUGGUGGAGAGGGUGAGGGAGAGCGGCAUUCAAGAGCUGUUCCUUGCCACCAACGCCAAGCUCAAGGAGUGCCAUUUCAUUGCGGAUCAGAGCCCUGAAGCAUGCAUGGCUCUCCCAUAG